GGAGGCCAAACAACCUGACUGCUCCAAACACUUCUACAUCAGCAGACCUGUCACCAUGGCAACAAAACCCACGGCCUGGCAGGAGCAGUGCCCUGUCAACUUACUUGACGAGUUGGUCAAUGAGUCUCGGGCGAGGGGUGACAACGUCCCUCUGAAAGGCUUAAAGGCACCCAAGGCAGAACCCGAGGAGGACAUAGACAUCCUGGAGCCUGACGCUCAGGUCAAAACUCGGCGGGAGAAAGAGACUAUCUCAAAAAUCAAAACGGCUGAUGCGACUAAAAUGGAAAAUGAAGGAGCCGCGAGAAUUAGGGAGACAGAGGAAGCAGUGAUGGGAUCAGAGCAAGUUCCUAAAAACCUAUCGGGAGGACUAAAGACUCAGGAGGAACCUGAAGUUGAGUUAUGCGAGGAAGCUUUCCCGCCUACACCUUCCUUGAGUGCCUUAUCAGCAGGAGUACAGUGUGACAACGAGGGCUUUUGCACCCCUGAGGGUGAGGUGGCAGAGUGUAUCAGUGAUGUUGAUGUCAUUUCAGACCCAACAGAAGACAUUACUUCUUUCGACAGCCAGAAUAGUCAAGAAUGGCUAAAGGCAUCUCAGAUGACUGAACCAGCUGAUCAGAAGACAUAUAAACCGUCUGUAACAGAUGGAAUAAGUACCGGUAUAGUGGAAAAUAAUGUGUUACGACCUGCUCACCCUUCUCCCUCUGACAUUAACACUACAGAUGACGCGCAUACUGUGAGUUCCCCUCCUUUUGCAGAUGAAAGUGAGGAAGAAGAGGAAGCGGGCACUGAUAUUAUGGAACUGAACACAUUAAAUAUCAACAGCAAGUCUUUCCAACCUUUAUAUUUAGCUUCCACUAAUCAAGAGCCAGACUCAGCUUUGCAUGCAAAACCCUCAGAUAAACACCAGGAGGGGCUGUUGUUAAAGAACCAACGUGAACCUGCCCUCAGAGGUGUAAACCAGGAAGCAGGACAACAGGUGCCUGGCCAGGGAUCUCCACCUUUGUCGACCGUUGCCAUGGAGCCGUCCAAUCCGGGUGGGGCUGCUCCUGCUACAGGCUUUGCUUGCGUUGUUGCUGUGAGAGAAAGGCACAGCAGGGCGGGGGAAAGAACAGAGGGAGAAAAUGAGCAAACAGGUGGGGAGGAAGGGCAGAAAGAGAGCGGACUUAAAAGGAACAAGCCAGCUGGGCAGCAACACAGCGGGGGACUGUUAAGAUAUUCACGAACAGUCCAAAUACAAGAGCCAGAGAUAGAAAAAUAUAGCUGUGGUGUGUCUCUGAAGCACAGCAAACACACCAGGAUGGAGAAUGACCCAUGUGACGAUAGCCAGAGUGACAGUGGAGUAUCAGCUGAUUUCUCCCCGUCCAACACUUUGGAGAGCUCUCCAUCAACUGUAACCAGAGAGACUCCCAUUGAGAGGGAGAUCCGAAGGUCUAUAGAGCGGGAACAUAGCCUGAGAAGAUCCAGAGGGCUUCCAAAUCUACGCAUCACUCCAGAGUAUGUAGAGGUUCCCUUAAGAAAAACUGUUCUUUCCAAUUCAGUAGCUGUGAAGACUGAGUGGUGUCAAGACAAAGAUAGAGAGUUUGCUGGCAAAAAGAUGCUGUAUGAGAUUCAAACGGAGACCCAGAGGGAGCAGGAUCUGGUCAAGCUUGGGAAAAUUCCAGGUUUUUAUGAUAAAGGCACAGUCCGACAAAUAAGGGAGAAGAAACAGAUCUUUGAGACCUUUCAGGCACCCAGUGACUCAACUUUUACAGCCUCAACCAGUCGCAGGGCCCCAUCGGUUUCUUCUGUCAGCAAUGGUUCAACUCCCAAGAAGCAGGAAGACAUCUCAUCACAGGUGUCCACCACAGAAGACACACGUGUCGAGAAGAGACACAGUUUAGAUCUACUUAGCCCGACACAGACCCCAAACUCUCCCAUAGGACGGGGUGUAACCAAAAACAGUCUUCAAGGACCGGGUAUCUCACAGGGGACAAGUCGACAAGUCAUAAUCUUAGAGAACAACCUGAAGAACACAACACAGAAGAAACACCAAGACAAACCAGAGGGUAUUACUGUUGUCGACUCUGGAAGUCCUUACAUCUUAUCGUCACAGAAAGGAGGGAAUGAAAAAGUUACAGAAAAAAGACAAGAAAAGGAGGAAGAGGAGGUGGAGGAUUUAGUACCCAAGGAGAACCCCUUUUUCAAGCUGCGCUCUUCAAACAAUUUAGUGAAAGUGAAGGAGGAUAUCCAGGAGGCCCAGAAGAGGGAGAAGGAGCUUCGCAAGCAGAGGAUUAGUCUGUAUGGGGGAAGUAGUGGUGUUGGUGGUACACAAGGACAAGGAGGGGGAGAAAGAGCGGGAGGAAGGCCAGUCAGCAUGGAGUUAAAGAGUCCUGUGCUGUCAUUAAAUGGACUGGCCGUUGCUGACACACCUGGGUCAUCAUCCAAAGGAGAAACUGGACCCUCAGCAGCACGCCUGUCAGUCAGCAAGUCAUUUGUGUGGCCCCCGGUCCAGGCUGAAGAUGAGAAGAUUAACCGGCCAGAGCUCCCCCAGAGUCCUCGGACCCCUAGACAGAAGUCUCCUCUAGUGCUGCGCUGGGAAUCAGGUCUGAUCAAUGGACGCAACAAGGACUUGGACUGAGGUGUUUUUACAGAGAUCUGCAGAUGGGAAUAAGGAACAACGAUGACGAGGAAGAAGGAGGGAACGUGGAGUGAGAAAGAGGUCAGGGAUUGAGGCUAGAAAAGGGGUCGGGAGAAUUGGGAGCAAGGAACAUGAUUUGUGGUGGACUAAAAAAAACCCUGACGAGUCCUUCAGCAAAGAAGAGAUGUGAAUGGAGAACGUGGGGCACCUAUAAGUAGAUAAGCUCUUGGCCUGCUUCGGGUGCUGAAAAACCCUAAGACUAAUGAAUGUAAAAAGACAAUAAAAAUAAAAAAUAAUAUGUGGGAGAAAAGAAGAAUUUAGAUUUUGUAAGGAGAUUUUCAAACAAUCAGGAACUCCUUCAUCUGUGGAUUUCUUUUGUUUUGAAAAAACAAUGUGUCAUCAAGAGUCUUAUGUGCUUAACAAUAUCUACAUAGAGGAAAUAAUUUCGUUUACCACACUUGUACACACCUUAUGCAAUCUGAUGCAACAGCCAUGUAAUAAACCCUAUCUUUGCCUA